AUGAGUUCACACGCCUCUUCCUCGGACGCCGUCGCCAGCGGCGGCGACAAAAAGCAGCCCACGUCGCGCGGCGCGCGCACAGUAGGCGUUGUCGGUGAAAAAGCUGGUGAAAUAAUUAAGGAGGACUUUGGCAACGUGCGCAAGGUUGCGCUCGAGGCCAUGAAGAGCCGCGCAUAUCUGUAUCCGCUCAAGGGUAUCGUCUACUUCAUCACGCACCGAUCGCUGUGGAAGCCGUUCCUCUCGCGCCUCGGCCCCAUCCUGGUGCUGUCGGUUGGCGUCGUCGGAUCCAUGUUUGCGUUUACGUACCUGCCGCAGCUGGCGGUGCUCGUCUUCGUCAACGGGCCGUUUGCGGUGGUGUCGACGGUGCUGCUAGUGCUGAGCGAGAGCUCGGCCAUCAUCAACACCGUGUCGCGCGGAUGGCUGUUGCAGGAUGCCAUCCUCGACACGUUUGAUGGUACGCUCGUGUCGCGCAACGCGACGACCGUCGUCAGCGAAGGCCGCGAGCUCAAGGCUGGCCGCGACCCGAUGCAGCGCCUGGGCAAGGUCCUGCGCAGCCCUUUUGAGCGCUUUAGCCCAAAGGCCAUCAUCCGGUACCUGCUGUACCUACCGCUUAACGCGAUCCCGCUUGUGGGAACCGUGGCGUUUGUCUUUUUCCAAGGUCGCAAUCGCGGACGAUCGGUUCACGAGAGAUACUUUCAGUUGAAGAACUGGUCCGAUGCGCAAAAGUCCAAAUGGGUCAAUACCCAUGUCGGGGCCUACACAUCGUUCGGACUCGUCGCUACUGCCUUGGAAAUGAUUCCCAUCGCAAGCAUGCUCUUCACGUACACAAACACAGUGGGCGCGGCUUUGUGGGCAGCCGAUCUUGAGGCGCACAACACGUCGCUGACAAACGAUACGGCGCCGAAUCUGCGUGCGGCCGCCGACAAGGCGACGGAGAAGUCGGAGCUGUAG